GUCGGGUCAGGCACAACCCGAACUUACAGAAACAGAAACCUAAACAUUACAAGAAACAACACAGAGCAGUCGUUCGUUUGCGAAGUUCGGAAUCGGAGAAGAAGACGCAGCUGUUUUCGAUCCUUUUUCAUGCACCGGAGGUUCGAGCUUCGAAUUCUUUAACUAAGGAGGAUAGGCAAUGUCAUGGUCAAGCCUCUCUAGGGCUAGAAGCUUUCGUCACUGUCUCAUUACGCCUUACCUGAAGUCGCUCAAUCAAACAAAUGCGUUCCAUAUUCAGUCCAGCUCCAUCAGAGUAAGCAGCCAUGGAAAUCGUUCUGGGUUACAGAGAUUUUGGUGCCUCGACGGGCCUGUCCAGAAUCCCAGAUACCAAAUUAGUAGUAAUGGUAGUUGCAGCAUUACGCGGUACUUUGCUACAACUGCAGCGGGUGGACCUUCUUCUGCUACCGAGCAGAAGUCAAGGAAGACGUUAAUGUAUCUCACGGGAUUGGUUGUGGUAAUGGUAGGGUGUACAUACGCUGCUGUUCCUCUUUACAGGACGUUCUGCCAGGCUACUGGUUAUGGAGGAACUGUACAGCGCCGAGAGACUGUUGAAGAGAAAAUUUCACGGCAUGCUAAAGAUGGAACUGUCGCAACAAGAGAGAUUGUGGUGCAGUUUAAUGCUGAUGUAGCUGAUGGAAUGCCCUGGAAGUUCAUCCCCACGCAAAGAGAGGUGAGAGUAAAGCCAGGAGAAAGCGCCCUUGCUUUUUAUACAGCCGAGAAUCGAAGUUCAGCUCCAAUAACUGGUGUGUCUACCUAUAAUGUUACUCCCAUGAAGGCUGCAGUAUACUUCAACAAGAUACAAUGCUUUUGCUUCGAGGAACAACGUCUACUUCCCGGAGAACAAGUUGACAUGCCUGUCUUUUUUUACAUAGACCCCGAGUUUGAGACGGACCCUAAGAUGGAGGGGAUCAACAGCAUUAUCUUGUCCUACACUUUCUUCAAGAUUCCAGAUCAGUAACUCUUGCAGCAGGACAGGGGGUUGGUUUUCAGGGAGAUGAGAGAUUGAAAGAGAAAGCAAUAAUGGAAUGAAAUGGGGACAGCCCCAAAUGGAAAAGGACACCAACUUGGACCAGUGGAAAGUGCAAUUAUGGGUAUAGAUUGAAGGCAAAUGAGGACAUAUGAUGGUCUUAGAUCUAUUCCCUCCAUCAAACUGCAAAAGAUACCCUUUUUCCUUGCAUCAUCUUUUCUGAUCAAUGAUCAUCAGAGCCAAAAGGUACAAUAAUGAGUACAAGUGAGAGCUUAGUUAGAGAUACACAAGAAUAAGAUGGACAAUAUACUAUAUGUUGCAGCAAAGUGUGGAUGUGCACUGGUCUGGUUUGAUCUACAUUCAGACCAGAUCAGUAUUAAUGUCGGAUCACAGAAAGAAAGGGAAGUUUGCAGGAUUGACUCGGAUGAAACUUGCGGUUUAUUAACUUUCGUUUCAUCUGGCUUCGCUUCAAUCAGUUUAUUUCUUUGUUUUCGAAGUAUUUACCA